AGCGGCUACAAGAGUAGCAAGCUAUAUCAACACUGUUACCAGAAUUGCAAAGGUUCACUUCGGCUCCCGUGUCCAGUACUGGGACGAAGGUGACGACCAGUAUGGCAAUUACGACGGGAAUGAAGUCAGAGUUAAUCAGAUCCUAUGAGCAAGUCAGUCAUGCCUUCGUAGAGUCUCGUUCCUGCUCUUUGACAACAUCUAACCCCUUUACUCACAGCGAGACGAGCCUGAGAUCAAUACCAGCAUCGCAUCUCUCCUCACCGGUACUAAUCCCAUCAAUGAGCUUGGUAUCCCACUUUUCGAAAUUAAGGACAUUCCCAGAAAAGGCAAAUGUCUCAUUGCCCGUUUCAAUAUAUCCAACGGCACUCGGAUACUUUGUGAGAAGCCAGUUCUUACGGCUUAAUCCAUGCCGCCCAAUGAGUUGGAGUUGAUCCUCGCGGCCAGGCUAAGGGCAUUGCCCAAAGCGUCGCAACGACAAUUUUUGUCCCUUUACAACAACUGCCCGGGAAAGCAUCCGUUUAGCAACACUUUUAAGACCAAUGCUCUACCCUGUGGCGCAGGCUCAGUGGUGGGUGGAGUCUACCCUACGAUUUGCCUCAUCAAUCACAACUGUAUUCCAAACUCUCACAACAACUGGGAUAGCAACGCGGAGCACGAAACCAUCUACGCGAUCCGGCCAAUCAAAACCGGAGAGGAGGUCACAAUCUCGUAUGACUACGGAGGUACUUCAACUGUACGACGUGCCUUCCUGAAAGAAGCCUUCGGUUUCGAUUGCAAUUGCCGUGAAUGCUCUCGUCCUUCCGAGCUCCAAGCCAGUGACAGCCGUCGUUUACUGAUUCAAGACCUCGACAAUGCCAUCGGCGAUCCAUUCCGCAUGCAGAUUAGGCCGAAGGAGAGUCUGAGUGACUGCCACUCGCUGCUUCAAGUCUUUCAAGAGGAAUAUGACGGGUAUGCUGGGGCGCUCAUCGCCAGGCUCUAUUACGACGCCUUUCAAGUCGGCAUCGCGCAUGGAGAUCAGGCUCGGGCAAGCGUGUUUGCGGAGAGAGCGUACGAAGCAAGGGUUAUCUGCGAGGGUGAGGACAGCCCCGAGACGCAGAGGGUGAAGUCACUCGCGUUGAAGCCAGCCAAUCAUAUUAGCUUUGGACUAUGUUCUAUGAUGUGAACGACAAUGAGGGAAAUGGUACCGAAAGGUCUAAAUACGGCCCAGUUUGAAAAGUGGUUGUUUAGAGAGUAGAGUUCGAUGAUGAAUUCAACGAGGUUCACCGUUUGCCGCCAGGGAACAGCAGCGAUUCGUGUUUUUAUUAAUUUCACAUAGUUAUACAUUUUACAAUUCCUAGUUGCCUAUAGCUCCAAAACUAACCAGCCCUUGAC